ACUUGAUUGUGGCUGAACAUAAUUUUGUCUUUUUUUACUUUGGUUUCAUUUGUUUUUUAAAAAUUCUGCUUAUAAAUUAAGCUUUAGUUUCUCUCGCUUUACUCAGUCGCAGUCACAUCUGAUUGCAUAUUAAACGUGAACGGAUCUCUAUUAAAAUGAUUUUAAUAUAUUACGGAAAGUUUAAUUGGAUAAUUCUUUUUCUUUUCUUAUAUAUUAGAACUUCGGUGGAGAGUUCUAAACGUUAUUAUGUCGAUAUACAUACCAAUGAUUUCGAUGGAGAAAUAGUUGGUUUAGAAAUGCGAGAUUGGUUAAACGAAACAUUUGUUGGUUUUCUUGGUAUACCAUAUGCAAAGCCGCCGACAAAUGAACGCCGAUUUAGAGAUCCACAAAACUUGGACUUCUUCAACGGUACCAUUGAAGCCUUUUACGACGGCUAUGAAUGUCCCUCUAUCACGACUCGUAAUCAAUCUGAAGAUUGCUUGACAUUGAACGUGUUCACAAAAGACCUAAAACCGAAAGAACCUUUACCAAUUGUAGUUGCGAUACAUCCCGGUGGUUUAUAUUUGCUAAGCGGUGCCAGUUACUUUAUGAGUCCGCAAUAUUUGCUAAAUAAAAAAGUGGUCUUGGUAACAUUUAAUUACCGCUUGGGCUCUUUAGGAUUUCUCAAUCUUGGAACGUCUGCUGUGCCAGGCAAUGCUGGAUUCAAAGAUCAAGUAUUUGCUUUGAGAUGGAUUCAAAAGUAUAUACAUUAUUUUGGCGGCAAUCCGAAAGAUGUUACCCUAAUGGGCUAUAGUGCGGGAGCUUUAAGUGUUAGCUUGCAUUUGGUGUCGCCCAUGUCGAAAGGUCUCUUCCAUAAGGCCAUUGUAAUGAGCGGAUCACUGCCUCCCCAAGUCGAUCUGCCAAUUGGUAAUCAACAGUAUUUAGCCAUACGGCAAGCCAGAGUUUUGAAUUGCACCGGUAUACCCGAACAAUGGGAUGAAUCUUCUUUGCUGCAAUGCUUCGAUCAAUUUAAAGGUUCCGAAAUAGCAAAAACUUUGCGUAAAAUGUUCAUUUUUGGUAAAGACAAUCCCGUGUAUUUAUGGUUACCGAUUAUAGAAAAAGAUUUCGGACAAGAAGCCUUCCUAAUUGAAGAUCCUUAUAAAACUUUGAAGGAACUUCCCCGCUUAGAUAUACCGGUAAUGAUCGGUUAUACAAAUGGUGAAUUUUGUGAUUCCGCAACCAACAUCUUGCACUAUCCUGAAUUAAUAAAAACUUUGCAAAAAGAUUACGAAACCCUCUUCCCGAUAACAUUUAUGUAUGAAAAUUCGACUCAGCUUUCUCAAAAAACCAAAAGUAUCAUUCAGCAUUAUUUACCGGAAGAUUUAACUUUAACUGCCAAUGAUUAUGAUAAUCUUUGCGAUUUAUUUUCGGAUUCGUUAUUGCGUUAUGGAGCUCAUCAUUUAGCUGACAUAGUGGCAGCAAAGGGUCAAGUAUUCUUCUAUGAAUUCGCUUUUAUUGGAAAAUAUUUCGUAAAGAGUGAUAGUUUUCCCGAUCGAAAAGAACGAGCGGUGCAUAUGGAUGAUAUGCAAUAUAUUUUCAACAGAACUCCAAAAAGUCAACUUAGCGAAGAGGAUGCUAAUAUGGUGGAUCUAUUCACUGGAUUUUUGUACGACUUUAUAAAAAAUGGUAAACAAACUGAUGCUCUCGCCAAACCUUAUCCUCAUAAGUAUGCCUUGAUAGAUGAGAAAAUCACUUAUACGUCCGGUCGAAAUUUCCCGAACUAUCAAUUGUGGAAAAAUUUGUUUAAAAAAUAAUGCAAAACAAAAAAUAUUUGAUUGACAAGCCAUAAGAUAUUCUUGCUGUAAGAUCUAUACGUAAUCGAGAAAUGUUGAAAUAUUUUUUUGUUGCCGUAAACGGCAGAAUCAAGAGAAUGUUAUUUAUGGAAGAUUUUUUUU